CUUUUAAUUCUUGUAUUCUCUUUUGCAUAUUGAAGCGUUCCUAUCCACGUGUGCAUCGUUCCACUGCGAACAGUAGCGAAACAGGAAAGGAUAAAAAGACCAAAGCAAAGUUAUAAUAGCAACUAAUCAAGUGGCGAUUGCAAUACAUAAAGCGCAACCAUGUCUAGCCUCCCACGUCGCAUAAUAAAGGAAACUCAACGACUGAUGCAAGAGCCUGUGCCAGGUAUCAAUGCCAUUCCUGACGAGAACAACGCACGCUACUUUCAUGUCAUCGUAACCGGUCCAAAUGAUUCGCCAUUCGAAGGGGGCGUCUUUAAACUUGAAUUGUUCUUGCCCGAAGACUAUCCUAUGUCAGCACCCAAAGUGCGUUUCAUAACCAAAAUCUACCACCCGAAUAUCGACCGAUUAGGACGCAUUUGCUUGGAUGUACUGAAGGACAAAUGGAGUCCAGCAUUACAAAUUCGUACUAUUUUACUAUCAAUUCAGGCGCUCUUGAGUGCACCUAAUCCAGAUGAUCCACUAGCCAACGAUGUUGCCGAGUUGUGGAAGGUGAACGAGGCUGAGGCCAUCAGAAAUGCACGUGAAUGGACCCAGAAAUAUGCCGUCGAAGACUGAAGUGCAAACGUGUAUGUAGCGGAAGGCCAACGAUGAGCGUGGAGGUGAAGCUGCCGGCGGUGGCGGUGGGGUUGAAAAGAUGAGAGGACACGUGACAGCAACGGCUUGUGGUUAGUUGAAGGGCGGGGGAGUUGUAAUGCGCGUGGAAAUCAUAAUGGAAUUAUUUAAUAGCAAUUAAAUAGAGUAAAUAUGCAUAAACAGCUGACGGCAUGAGCAGAAAAACUAUUUUCCGGCACGCUAUUGAAGAUUUUGUUUUUUUUAAUGAUAUACAUAUUUAAAAAAUGCUGUCGACUUAAUGAUUUUAAACUUCGUAAUACGCAAAUAAACACUACAAAAAGCAAGUUAAAAAAAGAAAAUAAUAAUAACAAAAAAAUGCAAUAAAAAAUUAUAAUUAAUCGGAAGAAAUAGCAAAAACUACGUGCAUACGUAAAACAAAAACAAUAUAUAUAUCUACUCUGAUACACACUUUAAUACAAGCUAAAUGAUACGAUAAUAGUCUAAAUAGAAUUAAUAAACACAACUUGCAAAAUCACUUGUAAGAAGAUGCAACAACAACAAUACUUAUGCGAUAUUUGAUUUCAACUUUUCUAUACAUACAUAGUAGUUACUGGUCUACUUUCGGCAGCCAGCAAGCUGAUGAGCAAAGCGCGCGAAAUGCAACAUAGGAAAAAGAGCCGACCAAGCAGAAUGCCGGUUGCUGCUUGUUGGCUUCUGCUGGUUACUUGUAGUCUACGCCACGUCGAAGAAGUGUUGCACGUUUUCUGCGCUCCAUGGCUGUCUUAGUGUGCUAUGACUCUACCAAUAAUUCAUUUAGCAGCCUUUUGCUAUUUUCUUUCCUUUUUUAUGUACCGUAUUCUAGUUUCUUGGUCUUGGCCAUCACCUCUCAUGUAUGUACGCCGCAUGUAAACGUUGUAGCCAUUCUGCAUUAUGGAUGUUGCUAUUAAUAUAUUAUUAAAGGAACAAUGGAAAAAUAUAAAUCAUUUAUAGUUACACUUCAAAUACACUCUGAUGUUAAUUUUAA